AUGUUAAAUAGAUCAAAUAACAUUAAAAGUGUUUUAGUUAGAAGUUAUUCCUCAUUUGUUCAACCAGGUAAAUUCAAUGUUGAACAUAAUGAAACUAUUGCAAACAGAUUAAAGAAUGCCUGUAAUACUUUUGGAUAUUAUGAUGCUUUAUCAAUUCCAGAUCACGAAAAUUACACUUUAACUUAUGAUGAAAUGCUUCACAAUGUUAAAGGUUUAGCCAAUGGUUUUGCUGAACAUAAUAUUAAAAAAGAUCAAGUUGUUGUUUCAAAUUCAGAAGGUAUCAAUAAUACUUUAACUUAUUUAGGUGCAACCACUGCUGGUUUAACUUAUGUAACACUCCCAGCAUCAUCAACUUUUUCAGAAAUUGGAGCUCAUUUACAAAAGAAAAAAGCAAAUUCACUCAUUAUGGGUGAUAUGGAAAAUAACAUGGUCGAAGGUGCCCUUGAAUUUUUCCCAAAUUUAAAUAGAAGUGAAUAUUUUAGAGAUGAAAGAUACCCACAAUUAAAACAUAUUUUCUCUAUGGCCAAUAAGGACGAACCAGGUAUUAGUUUAUUAAAAGAUAUUAUCUUAGACAGCAAAGAUUUCCCAUAUGGUGAUCUUUCAAAUAACCAAGUUUCAGUUUCAUACCCAAUUAAUGAUCAAUAUGUUUCAUUCACCCAAAAAUCAGUUUUAAAUACUGCUGAUGCCUUAGGUGAAUUCUUUGAUAUUAAACCAAGACAAAGAUUUUCAUUAGCAAUCCCAUCAACUGAAAGUCUUUCAACAAUUUUCAAUUUAGCAUGUUUACUCAGAGGUGCAUUCGUUGCCCAAAUUUCAAAUAUUAAUCCAACUACUAUUAUUAACACAAUCACUCAAGAUAAAUGUGAAGUUCUCUUAAUUUCUGGUUCAAACUUUAACACUUUAGUUAACAGCACAGAGUUUUCAAAAGUUGAAUCAUUAAAAUUAAAUAAAUUAGUCAUUGUUGGCGAAUAUGAUGCAUCAUUACUUAAACAAUUCGAAUCAAAAUGUAAAACUCAAACUUUUAAUAUUCCAGUAAAUUCAAAUCAAAUUUUAGGUUUUGCUGUUUCAUCAUCAAAUGUUAAACUUUUACCAAAUGUUGAAGCCAAAGUUGUUGGUGGUGUUUUAAAAACCAAAGGCUAUCACGUUUCUAAUGGUGAAUGGUUAGAUACUAAAAUUAAAGCUACCUUAGAAAAAGAUGGUUCAAUUAAAUUAUAA